AUGGGGGUUCCAUCGACACAGGCGUCAAAUGCCAUCAUCUAUCUCACUUACGCGGCAUUCUUGUGUGUAGAUUUCUGUGCGGCUACACUACGGGCGCUUAGUUUUGACUGUCCCCAAGAUUCCUCGGUCUUCGCGACUCAAGGGAUCCGGGACAAUCUUGACGAAGCUGAGAAGUACCCUCUUGGGUCCGGUAUCCUUUUCACAUAUCCCCAGAUCGCCACUAUCUGCGGGGUCCAAGGCUUAGUUGUCUACGCCAUUGCAUCUGCCCUUCCACUUUUGAUUUUCGGUUUCCUCGGGCCAAUCAUUCGAAGGAAAUGCCCUGAAGGAUUCGUUCUCACAGAAUGGACGAGACAGAGAUAUGGAGCAAUUACAGCUCUCUUCUUGAGCCUGUGCACGCUUAUUACGAUAUUCCUAUACAUGGUAGCGGAGCUUUCUGCUAUGCAGCAGAUUAUUACUGCCUUGACGGGGUUGGAUGGACUUCCAGCGGUCAUCGUUGAAUGUGCAGUCACGACAAUCUACACAUCAAUCGGCGGUUUCCGUGUCUCUUUCGUCACCGACAAUAUUCAAGGAGCUAUGGUAGUGCUGCUAAUCAUUCUCGGAGUUAUCACAGUUGGCGUUGAAACCCACAUCGACCGUCGUCUGAUCAACCAAUCUGGAUUUCUCAACUCAAGCUUGCUCGGCUGGCAGCUUAUCUACAUUCUUCCAGUCGCCAUUCUCACGAAUGACUUCUUCAUCUCUGGGUUUUGGCUACGGACUUUUGCCUCCCGUACAGACAAGGACCUCUGGAUUGGCGUUAGUAUUGCAAGUGUCGCUGUUUGCAUUAUACUCACGCUUGUCGGGGCGACUGGAUUGCUUGCAGCUUGGUCGGGCGCUUGGAAGCUCGAUGACGCGGAGGGCGGCUAUCUUGCGUUCUUCCUCCUCCUCGGUCAGUUGCCCGCCUGGGUUGUCGGAAUUGUGCUAGUCAUGGUCGUGUCGCUUUCUACUGCGGCUUUCGACAGCUUCCAAAGCGCAAUGAUCAGCACCGGUAGCAACGACCUCUUCCGAAACAAACUUAGUCUCUGGGUGAUCAGAGCUCUUGUUGUGGUAAUCAUCAUUCCGGUUGUUGCUGUGGCCCUCAAGAGCCCGGACAUUUUACAGAUCUUCCUGAUCAGUGAUCUCGUUAGUGCUUCAGUCGUCCCCGUUCUGGUACUUGGAUUGGUUGAGAAGUUCUACUGGUGGCGUGGAUUUGAGGUCGUGGUCGGUGGACUAGGUGGUAUCUUUACGGUCUUCCUGUUCGGGUUGGUCUACUAUAAUGGAGAUGCCAACCUCGCCAGCAAGCUGAUCCUUUUAGAGGGAGGCUUGUAUGCUAAUGACUGGAGUGCUUUUGGUGCCUUCGUUGCCGCUCCAAUCGGGGGUCUUCUCUGGGGCUUUGGUGCGUGUGGGCUCCGCAUCCUUAUUCUGUAUAUCAUCUCCAGGAUCAAGGGACAUCGAUUCAAUGCGUUGGAUAAACCUGCCCCCGAGAAUCCCUUUGUGGAGACGUAUGAGGAUAAUGAACACGAAAGGGUGUUGGAACAGACGGAUGAUAUAAAGAAGAGUGGAAACGACGUCAGAACAUCAACUCGUCGUCAGCACAUCCAGGCAGCGAUUUCAUUCACCUGCUCUCUGCACCUCUUGAUAUUAACCCCUAAUCCCUCAUUCCUUCUGAAUUUGUGGUUUCUUCCCCGCCCAUAUACUUGGACCAACAGUUCAGCGUCAAUACACACAACAAUGGAAAUGCCUGAUGUCCCUGUGAACGUCCCAAUCGACGAUCCUAAUGCAGACACUGAAUGGAACGAUAUCCUCCGCAAGCAUGGUGUUAUCCCCGAGAAGCCGCCAUCGCCUACGCCCAUGAUCGAGGAGGCCUUGGAGGAAGCACGUCGGCUUGCACAUGAGAAUCGGUUGGAAGGGAAAGACCUUGACGAGUUGGCAGAGCUAGAGGACGAGGAGGACGAGGAGUUCCUGGAGCACUACCGAAACAAGCGCUUCCAAGAGCUAUCGACAAUUAACGUGGCCUCAGUGUACAACCAGGUCUUCCACAUUCAGAAGCCGGAUUACUCGAAAGACGUUGCCGAAGCGUCCAACAAGGCUCACAUAUUGGUGUUUCUGACAUCAUCGCAGGGCACCAAUGUCGAAUCCAGAGUGUUGACUGAGAUUUGGAGAGACCUUGCCCGGCGGUUCGGUGAUAUUAAGUUCUGUCAAAUUCGUGCAGAUAUGUGCAUUGAGGGGUACCCUGAGAAGAAUACGCCUACGAUCCUGAUUUACAAGGAUGGCGAUAUCAAGAAGCAGCUGGUGACGUUACGUGAGCUUCGAGGGGUUCACACAACUGCAGCAGAUUUGGAGAAGGUUCUUGUAGAUGUUGGAGCAGUUCGUCAUGGCGAUCCACGACUGCGGCCUCAGAGGACCGAGGAUGUGGAUGCGAGUGCUUCUCGCAAGAUAAGGCAAGGUAAAGCAAGUGGGAAAGACGGAGACGACGAUGAUAGCGAUUGGGAUUGACGGGUACACGUUUCAGUUGACGCACGGCCAGUCACUCAGAAGUAAAGUGCGCCUACCGCAGGAGAGCUUCAUUGUUAGAUUCGGGGGGCUUUAUUUGCCGAACCUCCAGGGAUCAAAUUUGCGUGCGCAAUAAUUACGGUCAAAGUCGGCGAGGAAUCGAAAGCCGUCUUUGAAGAUCUAGGGUUGCGCCCAUUCAUUGGUGAGUAAGUGAAGGAAGCAAAAGUCGCGCACUUGGGUUGGAUAGUACGAGAGAAUGGCUCUUGGGUAGCCCAUUAGAAUGCCCGGCUGCGGGUCCGAUAGAGGAUGAAUGGAC